GAGGAUCAAUUAACGUGUAUGUUGGGGGAAGACAGUACUAUCUCCUGGGGCCACAAGGUGGCAGCAGGGAGAGGCAAGGAGAAACUAGUGUCUGGCCAGUGAGGGAUUGGGGGAAGGCACGCUUGGACACAAGGUUAUGGGAGGUGUGCCCUGUAUUACAGCAUGGUCUCCCUUGCCAAGUGGAGUCUGUUACUGCAGACUAAUCCUGGGUGAUAGCCUGUCUCAUUACUAGGUCCUUAUGGAGACUGCUUUUGCCAAACUCUGCCGGCAGAAACUGCAUUUGUGUGACCUUGAAGGGGCUGUGCCUGGUGAUAAUUUGUGCUCCACACAGGUGAGUAUGGGAGGUAAACAAUGUCACCUGCCUAGAGCAGCUUACACAAAGGACACCAGCACAUGCUCAAAGCGGGAUCCCCCUUCCCCUGCUGCCAGGCUGGUGGUUCCAGGUGCUCUUAAAGGACCUAUCCACCUGCAUUGGGCCUGGGCCUGCUCCAGUUGUGAGAGGAUCAGGUCUGUGGGAGGGCAAUUUGGCCAAAGACCAGGCAAAGGAUGCUGGGAUGGAGUGGGGGCAGGGAACUCAGGAUGGGGCAGCUGCUUCUGGUAGCAGCCAAGACGUUCCUGGCUGCAGUAGGGGUAGAAAAAGGAUUAUGUGACAGUUCCCUAAGGCAGCCCGGAACUAACACCCCCCUCCCCAUCACUCACACACCCUGGCCUGCCCCACUCCAAGCCUGCCAGAGCUCAGAAUAACCCCGAGGACCAGACAGUGAGAUGGCAGGGGCUAUGCUCGGGGUCCUGCUCCUCUUGCAACUCCUUGGCAGGGGGAAAGGGAAGAAUGAGGAGCUGCGUCUUUAUCACCAUCUCUUUGACAACUAUGAUCCAGAACGCCGGCCAGUGAGGGAGCCUGAGGACACUGUCACCAUCACCCUCAAGGUCACCCUGACCAAUCUCAUCUCACUGAAUGAGAAAGAGGAGACCCUCACCACCAGCGUCUGGAUUGGAAUUGACUGGCAAGAUUACCGACUCAACUACAGCAAGGACGACUUUGGGGGCAUAGAAACCUUGCGGGUCCCUUCAGAACUUGUAUGGCUACCAGAGAUUGUGCUGGAAAACAACAUUGACGGCCAGUUCGGCGUGGCCUACGACGCCAAUGUGCUGGUCUACGAGGGUGGCUCUGUGAGCUGGCUGCCCCCGGCCAUCUACCGCAGCACAUGCUCCAUUGAGGUCACCUACUUCCCCUUCGACUGGCAGAACUGCUCUCUCGUUUUCCGCUCGCAGACGUACAAUGCCAAGGAGGUGGAGUUCGUUUUUGCCGUGGACGAUGAAGGCGAGACCAUCAGCAAGAUCGAUAUUGACACGGAGGCCUAUACUGAGAACGGCGAGUGGGCAAUCGAUUUCUGCCCCGGGGCGAUCCGCCGCCAAGACGGGGAAUCCGCUGACGGUCCGGGGGACACCGAUGUCAUCUACACACUUAUCAUUCGCCGGAAGCCUCUCUUCUACGUCAUUAACAUUAUCGUGCCCUGCGUGCUCAUCUCGGGAUUAGUGCUGCUCGCCUACUUCCUGCCGGCGCAAGCCGGCGGCCAGAAAUGCACGGUCUCCAUCAACGUCCUGCUCGCCCAGACCGUCUUCUUGUUCCUAAUUGCCCAGAAAACCCCGGAGACAUCCCUGAGCUUGCCGAUGCUGGGCAGGUACCUCAUUUUCGUCAUGGUGGUUGCCACGCUCAUUGUCAUGAACUGCGUCAUCGUGCUGAACGUGUCUUUGCGGACACCCACCACUCACGCUAUGUCCCCGCGGCUGCGUCACGUCUUAUUGGAGCUGUUGCCGCGCCUCCUGGGGUCGGACGCGCCCCCCGAGGUCCCCCGAGCCCCUUCGCCCCCAAGGCGGGCGUCGUCCCUGCGUAUACUGCUCCGCGCAGAGGAGCUGAUAAUGAAAAAGCCGCGGAGUGAGCUCGUGUUUGAAGGGCAGAGACACCGGCACGGGACCUGGACGGCUGCCCUCUGCCACAGCCUGGGCUCUGCCGCUCCCGAGAUCCGCUGCUGUGUGGAUGCUGUGAACUUCGUGGCCGAGAGCAAGCGAAACGAAGAGACUACCGGCGAGGAGGUGUCCGAGUGGGUGCGCAUGGGUAAGGCCCUUGACAACGUCUGCUUCUGGGCCGCUCUGGUGCUCUUUACCGUAGGAUCCAGCCUCAUCUUCCUCGGGGGCUACUUCAAUGAAGUACCUGAACUGCCCUACCCACCAUGUAUGUAGACCUGAGCCUGUGGCUGCACUGAUUUCAGUCUUCCCACCCAUCUCCAGGAGGAAAGAGAUUUCGCAAAACAAGUUAAGUUGUUGCCAUUGCAGUAUUAUGAUCCUUUCCCCCUGUGGAUAAUAAAUCUAUAUUUUAUAAACUUC